CCUGGAGUUGGACCCGGCUUGGGUGGGCCUCGACAGCGGCGGCACCGGCGACGGCGAUAGUGACAGGGACUGCGUGAGUCCCGGACGGACAUGGCGAUGGCGAUGUCAGACAGCGGGGCGAGCCGCCUGCGGCGGCAGCUGGAAUCGGACGGCUUCGAGGCGCGGCUGUACGUGAAGCAGCUCUCGCAGCAGUCGGACGGAGACCGAGACCUGCAGGAGCACCGGCAGCGCAUCCAGGCGCUGGCGGAGGAGACGGCGCAGAACCUGAAGCGCAACGUCUACCAGAACUACCGACAGUUCAUAGAGACGGCCCGCGAGAUCUCCUACCUGGAGAGCGAGAUGUAUCAGCUCAGCCACCUGCUGACCGAGCAGAAGAGCAGCCUGGAGAGCAUCCCGCUUACCCUGCUGCCGGCUGCCGCCGCCGCGGGGGCCGCCGCCGCCUCCGGAGGGGAGGAGGGGGGAGGCGGCGCGGGGGGCCGCGACCACCUCCGGGGCCAGGCUGGCUUUUUCCCCAGCCCCGGGGGCGCUUCCCGCGACAGUUCCGGGCCAGGCGAGGAAGGAAAGCAGCGCACUCUCACCACCCUGCUUGAGAAGGUGGAAGGCUGCAGGCACCUGCUGGAGACGCCGGGACAGUACCUGGUGUACAACGGGGACCUGGUGGAGUACGAGGCGGACCACAUGACCCAGCUGCAGCGGGUGCACGGCUUUCUCAUGAACGACUGUUUGCUGGUGGCCACCUGGCUGCCACAGCGGCGGGGGAUGUAUCGCUACAACGCCCUCUAUCCCCUGGAUGGUUUGGCCGUGGUCAAUGUCAAGGACAACCCGCCCAUGAAGGACAUGUUCAAGCUGCUCAUGUUUCCCGAGAGCCGUAUUUUUCAAGCGGAAAACGCAAAAAUCAAACGAGAGUGGCUGGAAGUGCUGGAGGAAACCAAGAGGGCCCUCAGUGAAAAAAGACGCAGGGGGCAGGAGGAGGCAGCUGCCCCUCGAGGGCCACCCCAGGUGACUUCCAAGGCCAGCAACCCAUUUGAGGACGAAGACGACGGCGAGCCAGCUGUUCCCGAGGCAGAAGAAGAGAAGGUGGACCUCUCCGUGGAAUGGAUCCAGGAAUUGCCUGAAGACCUGGAUGUCUGUAUUGCCCAGAGGGACUUUGAAGGGGCCGUCGACCUGCUGGAUAAACUGAACCGUUACCUGGAAGAUAAGCCCCGCCCACCUCCUGUAAAAGAACUGAGGGCCAGAGUGGAUGAGCGCGUCGGCCAGCUCACCGAGGUGCUGGUGUUUGAACUGUCCCCAGGUCGGUCCCUGAGAGGUGGUCCCAAGGCCACCCGCCGGGCGGUUUCUCAGCUAAUCCGGCUUGGCCAGUGCACGAAGGCUUGUGAGCUCUUCUUGAGAAACAGGGCAGCGGCUGUGCAUACUGCGAUACGCCAGCUUCGCAUCGAAGGUGCCACUUUACUCUACAUUCAUAAGCUCUGCCACGUCUUCUUUACCAGCCUUCUGGAGACCGCCAGGGAAUUUGAGACGGACUUUGCGGGCACCGACAGCGGCUGCUACUCUGCCUUUGUGGUCUGGGCGAGGUCAGCCAUGGGCAUGUUUGUGGAUGCUUUUAGCAAGCAGGUGUUUGAUAGUAAGGAGAGCCUCUCCACCGCGGCUGAGUGUGUAAAAGUGGCCAAGGAGCACUGUCAGCAACUGAGCGACAUCGGACUAGACCUCACGUUCAUCGUCCAUGCCCUCCUGGUGAAAGACAUCCAAGGGGCCUUGCACAGUUACAAAGAAAUCAUCAUCGAAGCCACUAAGCACCGCAACUCUGAGGAGAUGUGGAGGAGGAUGAACCUGAUGACCCCGGAGGCCCUGGGGAAACUCAAAGACGAGAUGAAGAGCUGUGGCGUGGGGAACUUCGAGCAGUACACGGGGGAUGACUGCUGGGUGAACCUGAGUUACACGGUGGUUGCUUUCACCAAACAGACCAUGGGCUUCUUGGAAGAGGCACUGAAGCUGUACUUCCCGGAGCUGCACAUGGUGCUUUUGGAGAGCCUGGUGGAAAUCAUUUUGGUCGCUGUUCAGCACGUGGAUUACAGUCUUCGGUGUGAGCAAGAUCCAGAGAAGAAGGCUUUUAUCAGACAGAAUGCAUCCUUUCUGUAUGAAACGGUCCUCCCCGUGGUGGAGAAAAGGUUUGAGGAGGGUGUGGGGAAACCCGCCAAGCAACUCCAGGACCUGAGAAAUGCAUCGAGACUGAUGCGUGUGAAUCCCGAAAGUACAACGUCAGUGGUCUGAUGCCUGGACCUGUUUAUGUGUAUCCGUGUAUGUUGCUUAUGGAUUAUUUAUAUUAAGUUGCAGUAGCAUAUUCUUUAUAGUCUCAAACAUGUCUUAAAAAUAAAAGAUGUCCUCUGGGAUAGAAGUGCAAAAGCAAAAGGAGAAAGAAAAAAAUGUUAAAUUAAGGCCAUAUGACAAAACGUUGGAAUUAUUGAAAUAUAUAAUAUGCUUUCCUUUUAGAUUAUGCAGCUCUCUAAUGCAUAUGUCAUCACACUGUAGCAUCUCAGCUUAUCCUUUGACUCACGACACACUUUCUGACAGCGCAGAUUAUGCAGCGCCGAUAAACAAUAUCUGUAAAUACAAAGUUUAAGUAUGUUGUGAAUGUCUCCCCGUUCACAAAAAUGGUAGGUUUCUUAAAGGGUACCGUGCCAUAUAAAACACCCUGCGCCCUAUAUUUCCACACCUUAAAAUGUGUUUGGACAAUUUUGGAGAAAGAAAGGAGUUGAGGAAAUUGGUUUUAGGGUAAACUUUGGUCAAAAGAAUUCCUUCGUGAAGGUAGCUAGUGUGUGGACUUGAGUACUCCAAUCCUUAUAGAGCGCAAGAGGAAACUGUCAUAAACACAGUUCCAACGUAAUUUAAAUGGUUCAUCACUUUUAGCUGCUAAUUAACAGCUUGAUAACCCUUGAUUUGGGAGCAUUUACUUGAAAAUCUUAAGAACUAUCAUCAAUUUUUUUAACAUAUUUCUGAGUUGUCUGAAGUUCCCUUUUAUCAUAUUAAAGAAAAAAACAAGACACAUCGAAGAACCUGACAGCGCUUUUGGUGUGGGUUACACGUAGUGGCUCAGACUUCAUGCAAGCGGGAGAAAAGUUUUCAGAUUUCAGGGUCUGGGCGGGUGGGAAAUUAGGGAAAAUCCUAUGCAGACCCCACGAUGUUCUUAAGUAUGACUGCUUUGAGCAGAGAUUUGUUUUUGUUUUUUCGUGGCUAAGUGGAUAGCUUUCCGUGGCUAAGAGUAAGUGUUUUUUCGUCUCACAGAAAAGUGAGACAGUGUGCCCAAAGGAAGGAGGGGAAGAACCUUUGGUGACGCCUAAAAUGCUCCAGGCUGCAUUUUUCUUGUUUUAUUUUUAAAUUUUAUUUGUUUUUCAAACUGAAUAUAAUGCUUACUUCAGAUUGUUUAGUAAACAAAAAUAACUAAAGAAAUUUGAGCUUCCCGAGGUUUCUAAACUUGCAUCCAUUGUAUAUUGAUUAUCUGGCCUUCCUCAUACUUGGAGACAAACUGCUACGACCCAUUUUCCCCCUAACUUAUAGUUGUGAUUCUUGUUCCUAAGUGUCAUUUCUGAUGCCGAUGACUUCAAAAGGUCGUUUCCUUUAUCUGAAGGAAAAUAGUGGU